UACACUUGCAGCUGAAAGGAAGAACUGAAACGACAGCGCUCUGUACGACUCACAAUCCAUGCCAUUUAGGACGUAUGCAGAAAACGCCCACUUCCUCUGCUACUUAUCUUCACUGGAAAAAGCUGGGACCAUGGUUGCCGUGUGAAAAACUGAUCGGUGUGACUCGGAUCGGAAGGACAGACCGAGCCAACAAAAAAAAAAAAAAAAAAAAAUCAAUCCUGUUUCAGGUGUCAGCUGUAAAAGCUUGUGUGUGCGCGUGUGAGAGAGAGAGAGAGAGAGUGUGGGGUGUGUGAGUGAGUGAGUGUGUGUGCAGGCACGCGUGUUUUACCCGGCCCUGUCGGUAUUUGGAGCGGAGUGUGGCCUGAACAAAUCACAGAAGGACAAUGAGCGAGCUGGAACAGUUGCGGCAGGAAGCCGAGCAACUACGCAACCAGAUCCGGGAUGCCAGGAAAGCCUGUAGUGACUCCACUCUGUCACAGAUCACAGCUGGUCUGGACUCAGUGGGCCGGAUACAGAUGCGGACGCGACGUACUCUCAGGGGCCACCUGGCCAAGAUCUAUGCAAUGCACUGGGGGAGCGACUCCAGGUUACUUGUCAGUGCCUCGCAAGAUGGAAAGCUAAUCAUCUGGGACAGCUAUACGACAAAUAAGAUGCAUGCCAUCCCGCUGCGUUCUUCCUGGGUAAUGACGUGCGCCUACGCCCCCUCUGGGAACUAUGUGGCCUGCGGAGGCCUGGACAACAUCUGCUCCAUAUACAGCCUGAAGACCCGAGAGGGCAACGUGCGUGUCACCCGAGAGCUACCCGGACACACAGGUUACUUGUCCUGCUGUCGUUUCUUGGAUGACAACCAGAUACUGACCAGCUCCGGAGACACCACCUGUGCAUUGUGGGACAUAGAGACAGGCCAGCAGGCCACCACUUUCACCGGCCACACAGGGGAUGUGAUGAGUUUGUCUCUUAGCCCGGACUUCAAGACCUUUGUGUCGGGAGCUUGUGACGCCACCUCCAAGCUGUGGGACAUUCGUGAUGGCAUGUGCAGGCAAUCCUUCACCGGCCAUGUGUCCGAUAUCAACGCCGUCACCUUCUUCCCCAAUGGGAAUGCCUUUGGCACAGGCUCCGACGAUGCCACCUGCAGGCUGUUUGACCUGCGUGCCGACCAGGAGCUGAUGAUGUACAGCCAUGACAACAUCAUCUGCGGCAUCACCUCUGUGUCCUUCUCCAAGAGCGGCCGACUGCUCCUGGCCGGCUACGAUGACUUCAACUGCAACGUCUGGGACACUCUGAAAGGCGAACGUGCAGGUGUGUUAGCGGGCCACGACAACAGGGUGAGCUGCUUAGGGGUGACAGAAGACGGCAUGGCCGUGGCCACCGGCUCCUGGGACAGUUUCCUGCGGAUCUGGAACUAAACAAAACCGCUUCCUUGUUGUACUCAAUCACUGCCCUCCAACUUGCUCCCCGCAACUCCCACCCCCACAUAUCCCAACUCAUCUGCUGGGCUGGACCUGAGGGGUGCACACUGUGUCAGCCAAAAUCCUCUCAAAUCACCCCCACCCCCUCCCCCACCCCCUGAGUUCUCCUCUCUGCAGGUGACCUGCCCACCUGUGAGAAAGUAUCAACUCUUUCUACCUGUCCAAGUGACGUAUUUUUCACCCAGCCAUCAAACGGAAACAAAAUUAAGAACCUUUCAGUAGAGUUGUCCAAUCAAAAAUAUAGAAAGAGAUGAGUUAAUAAAAUCUGAAGAUAUAAAAAAAAUAUUUCCCCCUAUUCCAAUUCUCUUCUAUGGGGUGAUAAAAAGCAUCUUUUACAGUAAUUAACAUCAAACAAGAUGACCAUUGGUGUGUAAUAUGUAAAUGUAUAUAUAAAGACAGUAUAUAUGUAUAGCAUUAUGUGUGUAUAUAUGCAUUAUAUAUGCAUAUAUAAUGUGUAUGUAUAUAUUUUUGUAGUUUAUUUCCCACCUUUGAGGUUCUUUUUUUUUUUUAUGAUUUUCGGGGGUUUAUGUUUUAUUUCUAAUGUACAUAUUCACAUUACUACAAAAGAAAUAUUGCCAGAAACGCGUAUUUUUUCCUGUGUGAGUACCAGAUUGAGUGUCAGGCAAUUUAGACACAGUUACGUAUCAUACUUAACCCAGAAAGCCUCCUUUCAUUUUCUAAUAUUUCUGGUACUUGCUGUUAAAUCAAAAAUAUAAUUUGGCCCAGCUUAACCCACUUCCUUCAUCUGUGUAUGUGUGUAUUAUUGUACAGGCAGCAAGUGUAAUUCAUGCAUCCUGUAUCUGCAAAUUCAUGUGAAUGAUGGCAUUUUAUUUUAAUUAUUUUAACAACACGACCCCUGGCAAACGUCACCUUAGUCUUUUUUUAUUUGGAAGGAAACCACCACACUGCUGUGAUAAUGAUUAGAGAGCGAGCUUCAAAACCAACAAGUGGUGUUUUUUGUCUGGAUUCAGGUUUAGCUCAAAAAGUAGAAACUGGUGAUUUUUAGGCUAAGAUAGAAAACUUUAUUUAACUGAAGAGCCUGCUUUGGCCUCUACUAACAUGGAUUGUGGUUUCAAAUCCUCAGAUGCUGAAUAUCUGAAGACCACAUUCAUUCCAUGCAAACAGCUGUGUGGUAUGAUCAAUGUCCCAACAGUCCUAAAUGGAGGUUUUGCAUCCUAAUAUCACCUGUCAGCUGUGGCCUAUAGAAUCUACUUUUCCGUAUAGUUGAGAUGAGCAUCUUGAAUUGCCCGUUGAAAUGACACUGAUGGAGAGAAGGGCAUCGCAAAGAGAGAUGCGUCCUCCUCAAGCAGAAGCCGUUUUCUACCUGUGAGCCUGUAAAGGUGCUGUAUGGACAAAUGGUAGAGCGGUCUGUCGUUACGUGAGGAUAUUUAAUGGACCAAUCAAAGACAGCAGUGACUCUGUCUGAGGACUAGAGAAAAAAGAUGAAGAGAGAAAGAUGUCUGUCAGAGCUUGCUAUGUCAUUUUUAUCUUCUUUUUUUCUCAAAGCGAAGGAUCAAUGAGUCCUUUUUCGUUGUCAAAAAGGUGUGAACUGAGUGACUGCAUGGAACUGAAAUCAUGUUAGCUGCUCGGAAAGCACACCACUGCCACCACAAGCCUGUAAAAAGAAAAAAAAAAAGAGAAAAAAAGGUUGUUUUUUUUAAAAGGGUUUUAACACUUUUUUUUUUUCAUCACCAAAAACAUGUUAUGAACUGUUAAAUAUUGCUUGUGAAGAAAGUACACUUGGUAGACAGAAAUGUACACUUAGUAGAGAGCUAGACAUGCACUCACAAACUGUAGUACAAAUGUAAACCAUUGAGCACAUGUGACUUAUUUACCCAUAGAAGUGCUGUCUCUGAUUUUUGAGUAUUUUCUCAUCACACAUCUUCCAUUAAUUUUGUUCCUCUAAAGGCUUAAUUAAAAAAAGAAAAUACACAUAAUGUAUGUGAGUUGGACCUAUCCAUCGGCUGUCUCAGGUGCCUAUCUCUGAAUAUAAACAUUUGACCCACAUGGGCCGGAUAAAGGAGGGUUUGUGCUCCUGUGAGAUGUGGCACUAUUGUGUCUCCAUUCUGCCUUACGAUACCAUUCAUAAUAGAAGGUAAUACUAGCAUCGACUACAGUAAUUUUUUUCCUCUUGCUAUUCCUCUUUACACACUGAUCAAUAAGCGAGAUUGCUGAUUCUUUUCUUUUUCCCGAUAGAAGCACAUUCCGAUACUAGUGAACACUAAAAAAGCAUGCUUACAGAAAACCACGCAAACACAUGCAGCUCCAUACUGCUUCUUAAAGCUUUUUAUACAAUUCUGCUUUCUACUACUACUACCACCGCACACUACCACUGUAGUAUUUAUUUAGGUUCAAUCGGCUAUCAAUGAAACCCUUCUAUGGCCUACCGUGAUUACUUUUUUUUUUUUUUUUUUUUUAGUUCUUGAAUGUUUUAGCUGCUUCUACCUGGCUGUGCAUUGAUGAAUCCAUUUUGAGAGAAUGUUUAACAAUAACAGUUUAUAGUUUUUAGUCUGAGAAUAUCUUUGAGGUGUGUAGGAUGUGAUAUGUAUUGCAUAUCAGUGUGUGGGUGGGAAGGGAUGGGGGGUUGGUUUGCUGAUGUAUGUGGAUAACAUAUAGAUCUAAGUGUUACUUCCUCAUUUGUGCCAAUGUUAUCCACAGACUCUGAGCUGUGAACUGAAAACUAGUCAAUGUGACAAAAAAAAACAAGUUUGCUCACUUUACUCAAGUGCCAGCUUUCUCCAUAUCCAUCAAUUAAAGUCACAUCAGUUUGAUUUUAUAUCCAGUCUGUUUUCUGAUCAAACCGGCGUACUGCUUAUAUCUGAAGAUGGGUGUUCGUGUUAUUAAGUUAACAGUGCUUAUUUGAGUAAAGUCAGUCAGCGGACGUCAGAUGUUCAUGGUCCCCAAAUAAAGAUGAUGAAAUGUAUUUAAAGGAAUAGUUCGAAAUUUUGGUACAUUUUUGCUUUCUGGCGGUUUGAUAAGGAGAUUCAUGCCACUCUUAUACAUGUCUGUUAAAUAUUAGGCUACAACUAGCAGCCAAUUAGCUUAGCUUAGCACAAAGACUGGGAACGGGGGCAACAGUUUGCCUGGCUCUGUCUGAAGCUAACUAAUACACACAUUAUGUAUGUUAUGUGUUCAACAAAAAACUAUAAAAAAAGAAGCCAAUUCUGCCUGUUGCCUGGCAACUGGUCAGGCACAAACCCACCCUGUGAAAGGUGAAUUCGCAUUUUUACACAGUUUUUGUACAUAUUGAACAGACAACUUGUUAAUUAGUGUGCUUUAGAGAUGCAGACGUUGUUACUGUUGGACAAGGCCAUGCUGGCUGUUCCCCUCCGUUUCCACUCUUGCUAAGCUAAGCUAGCCGGGAGCUAGCAUUAGCCUUUUAAGUUAUUUGUUAACGACAAAUAUAAAAGUGGUAUCUUCCCUUACGCUCCUCCAGAAGCGAAUAAGCAUAUUAUUUCCCAGAAUGCCAAACUAUUCAAAUAAAACCCACCCCGUUCUUUUAUGACAUUAUAAGCUGUGUAAAAUUUAAAAAAAAACAAAAAAACAAUACAACAUUGCCCUUCGUAGCUGAAAAGGGGAUUGUGUUUUAUUUCGGACAGUGAUAUUCAGCGGGCAACCAUUUCCUCGCUUUGUGUGUUAUUCAGCAGUAUUAGCAGCUGGAACUUGGAAUAGUAACACUUCUACGUGCCUGUGCAGUUCACUCAUUAAUCAAAAAGGUGCUUGACUUAAUUUAAUUUUCACAUUAUGUUGUAUUUAAGUCUCCUCCAGUUUAUUCUCCUAACUAUACAACUGAUAUGGAGCUGUUGAAUCAACUUCUGUGGUGUUACAAAAUGUUGACACUUGAUGCAUUUACAGUAUUGUUUGAAGCACCAAGAUCUGUGACUUCUUUGAAUCACUGGAGUGGUAUGUUUGGCAGUAGUUUAUUUUUGGCGCUCGGUGUAAGUUGCCAUUUGUCACCCACAGUGCCAACAUUUAACUUCAAAGAGCAGAUGUGAAAAUGCUGCUGCUGCUGCUGCUGCACAAGUUCAGGCAGCAUUUUGAUGACUCUCCAAAUUGAAUCCAAGUUUCUGGUUCAAUGACACCCACCACUUGAAUUGAUUGUCACAUGAUCACCACCAUAGCACCAUCACAAAAUAAUGCACUGCCCUUUGACUCUACAUCCUACUGUCUGACAUUUUGAUUUAUUUAUUGUUUUAUGUUUUAAGCCAGUAAAGACCAGGGACUUGGUGCCAUGAUAAUUCUCUUACAGUGCUAUUGUGUGAAAUUAUAAUCACUUGUUAUGGAAUAAUUUUUAUAGUCUUUUUCACACCAGACCUUUUUUUUGUAUUUGUACAGUGGCUUGGUGAUACUGAUAUGUUGCCAUGAGUUAUUGUAACCAAUAAAAAGCUUCUAAC